AGUGUGAUGGCUCUUCUGUGCUCCUGCAUCCUGAUGGCUGCCAUGGGACUUGUGGCCCUGGCUGUGCCUCAUCCUAGGAGUUCUGCUCUGCAUCAUCUCACCAAGCAGUUAUUAGGGCAAUAUCGCAAGGAAGUGAGACCAGUUCACAACUGGACUGAAGCCACCACUGUCUACCUAGACCUGUCAGUCCAUGCUGUAUUGGAUGUGGAUGUACAGAAUCAAAAAUUAAAGACAAGCGUGUGGUACCAUGAGGUGUGGAAUGAUGAGUUUUUGUCUUGGAAUUCCAGCAUGUUUGAUGAAAUUAGAGAGAUCUCGCUCCCUCUCAGUGCCAUCUGGGCCCCUGAUAUCAUCAUUAAUGAGUUCAUGGACAUCGAGAGAUCCCCAGACCUCCCAUAUGUGUAUGUGAACUCAUCGGGGGCCAUUCGGAACUCCAAGCCCAUCCAGGUGGUCUCUGCAUGCAGCCUACAAACAUAUGCUUUUCCGUUUGAUAUCCAGAACUGCAGCCUAACCUUCAAUAGCAUUCUGCACACAGUGGAAGAUAUAGACCUGAGCUUCCUGAGGAACAGAGAAGACAUUAGGUACCACAAAAAGGCCUUUUUAAAUGAUAGUGAGUGGCAACUUCUUUCUGUGACCUCAGCGUACAGCAUCCUGCAGAGCGGCGCGGGAGAUUUUGCACAGAUUCAGUUUAAUGUGGUGAUUCGCAGGCGUCCACUGGCCUACGUUGUGAGCCUGCUGAUUCCCAGCAUCUUCUUGAUGCUCGUGGAUCUGGGGAGCUUUUACUUGCCACCCAACUGCCGUGCAAGAAUCGUGUUCAAGACCAGCGUGCUGGUGGGCUACACUGUCUUCAGGGUCAACAUGUCCGAUGAGGUGCCAAGAACUGCAGGGAGCACUUCUCUGAUUGGGGUCUUCUUUACGAUCUGCAUGGCCCUCUUGGUUCUGAGCUUAUCGAAGUCCAUCUUGUUGAUCAAAUUCCUCCACGAUGAGCGGCGUGGUGGACAGGAACAGCCCCUCUCAUGUCUUCGAAGGGACUCUGAGGCUGAUGGCUCUCUAACGUGCCCCAGUGCCAGGGCCACAUGUGCUGAGGCAACAGAGUCUCCUGUCUGUCAGGAACACCAGGUCCAGGCAGGGACCCUGAAAGAAGUCUGGCUCCAGCUUCGAUCCAUCAACAACCAUCUUCAAGCACGGGACAAGGUGUACCAGCAGGAGGUGAAGUGGCUGGCACUCCUGUAUCGCUUCGACCAACUCCUCUUCCAAAGCUACCUUGUGGUGUUGGGGCUUUAUACCCUCACCCUCUGUUCUCUCUGGGCAUUGUGGAAUGGCUUAUGAAAACUGGGAUUUUUGGUAUCAAUUAAUGUGUUGCCACAGCAUUUUGGCAAAGCUGAAAAUUAUUUGAAGGGAGAUUGAAGAGGAAGGAAUGGAUAGGCUUAAAAUAUGUACCCCAAUCAUUUUUCACUCUUUUCUUUUUUGUUUGCCCCUUUUCACUGACUCCAGGGACACACAUCUUAAGGGACACUGAAUGGCACCAAAAUCUAUGCUCAUGAUGAAGACAUAGAAACAAAAUAGGGUAUGUCGUAGGAAGUAAGCCUUCACACACCAAAACCACCACCAGACAUGUCUUUCAAGUAAUUUCUAGGCACAUAUAUACAUAGAUGUAUGUUUAAGCAAUUUUUUUGAGGGGGGGGGUUCAA